CUCUUUUUGCACUUGAUUUCGAUUCACAAACAAGAAUAUGGCUGAAGCUUUCCUUAAUGUUCUGCUCGAGAAUUUGAAUUCUCUGGUUCAGAGGAGAAUUGGGUUGCUUCUGGGUAUCGAUAAAGAGAUUCAGAAGUUCACCAGCACUCUCUCAACAAUCUCUGCAGUUCUCGAAGAUGCCGAGGAAAAGCAGUUAACUGACCGCUCCAUCAAGAACUGGCUUCAGAAACUCACCGAUGUUUCUUUUCAGUUGGACGAUGUUUUGGAUGAUUGCGAAAAGGAGGCUUUCCGGUUGGGGUAUGAAGAAGAAAAGAAGAAAUGGAAUCAAAAGGUACGGUCUUCUUUGUCUUGUUUCAAUCCUAUGAAUGUUCUGUUUCGUUAUAAGAUUGCAAACAAGAUGAAAGAGAUUGGUGAUAGACUUGACCAAAUUGCUAGUGAGAGAAUGAAUUUUCACUUGAGGGAGACUGUCGGGGAGAGGAGAGAGAAAUUUGGUUUGAGAGAGAGAAGACAAACUGGCUCCAUUGUUACUGAGCCACAUGUGUACGGAAGAGAAGAAGAUAAGGAAAAGAUUGUUGGGUUUUUGUUAAAUGAUGAAAGGAAUUGUGAGGAUCUUUCGAUCUAUUCUAUUGUUGGUUUAGGAGGCAUGGGAAAGACAACUCUUGCUCAGUUGGCGUUCAAUGAUGAGAGGGUUGAUAAGCAUUUUGAGGUUAAGAUGUGGGUUUGUGUUUCGGAGGAUUUCGAUGUGAAGAGAUUGGUGAAAGCGAUUAUCGAGUCUGCUACUAAAACCGGUUGUGAAGCAUUGGACAUGGAUCCUCUUCAGAGACGACUUCAAGACAUUCUUAAGAGGAAAAGGUUUUUGCUUGUUUUGGACGAUGUGUGGAAUGAAGAUCAAGAGCAGUGGGACAAGCUGAAGUAUGUAUUGGCUUGUGGAUCAAAUGGAGCUUCUAUUGUUGUUACUACUCGUCUGAAAAAGGUUGCAUCUUUCAUGGGAACGGUCCCAAUGCAUUACUUGUCGGGUUUAUCUGAAUAUGAUUGCUGGUUAUUGUUCAAGCAACGUGCGUUUGCUAACCAAAGAGAAGAACUGCCUAAUCUUGUGAAAAUUGGGAAGGAGAUAGUGAGGAAGUGCAAGGGAGUGCCGCUCGCCGCAAAGGCUUUAGGAGGCUUAAUGCGCUUCAAAACAGAGGAACAUGAGUGGCUCUCUGUUAUGCAAAGUGAAUUUUGGAACUUACCACAAGACGAGAGCUCCAUAUUGCCUGCUUUAAGAUUAAGCUACUUUAAUCUUCCGAUAGAGCAAAGACGAUGCUUUGCUUACUGUGCUGUAUUUCCCAAGGAUUAUAAAAUUGGAAAGGAACGGCUAAUUCAUCUUUGGAUGGCUAAUGGGCUGAUUUCUUCCAAGAGAGGACUUGAUGCAGAAGAUAUUGGUGACGAGAUACUCGAUGAACUAUAUUGGCGAUCAUUCAUCCAAGACAUUGUGAAAGAUAGUUUUGAUGACAUUUCCUCUUUCAGGAUGCAUGAUUUAGUUCAUGAUCUAGCUCAAUCCAUCGUGGAGGAUGAAUGUCGCAUUGUGGAGGUCGAUGACAAUACACAUCUUAUUAACUUGUCAAAAAGAGUUCGUCAUUUGACUUUGUCGACGUCACGGGAAAAAAUUAUCGACAUACCAUGCGCCGAGUCCUUACGGACUUUCAUGGUAUUGAGCGAUGGAACAUUCUAUGGUGAUUAUAACUUGAAGUUUUCCUCUUUACGAGCUUUUGAUGCUAAGUAUAUUUGGCUAUCAACGCCCUUACCAGCUUUGCUUAGCAAUUUGAAGCACUUACGCAAUUUGAAGCACUUAUGCAAUUUGAAGCACUUGCGGUAUUUGAAUCUUUCAAACAGUGACAUUGAAAUCCUUCCGGGGUCGGUCUGUUCCCUAAACCAUUUGUUGACUUUGGAUCUAAGCUUUUGUUAUUCUCUUCAUAAGCUACCCAAGCGCAUAAGUCACUUGAAAAGUCUUCGUCAUCUUUACAUUCAUGGCUGCCGUAAGUUAUCUCAUAUGCCUCCACACAUUGGGCGACUAACUUGCUUAAAGACUUUGACAGCAUUUAUUGUGAAUCAAAGAAAGGGUUGUCACUUGGAUGAGUUACACCGCUUGAAUAUCGGAGGUUUUCUACGCAUCAACAACCUUGAGGAAGUGGGAAGUCCAAUGGAAGCAAUCUCUACCAAUUUGUCUGCGAAAAGGAACCUCAAAGAAUUGGAAUUGGCUUGGAGUACAAAUGAAAAUGAAUCUCAGGACAAAGCUGAACAGGUACUCGAAGCCCUUGCUCCUUCUCCGAAUUUGAAAAGCUUGAGCAUUUUAAAUUAUAAUGGUAUCCAUUUCCCAUAUUGGUUCAGUGAUGAAAUUCUUGGAAAUCUAGUU